AUGUAUGAUUCGUGCCUCAACAGUGAGACCAAAGUCAGUCAAAUCAUUAAUGGUCAUUCCUGGAAGUGGCCUUUUCCUAACUCUUGGGAAAUUCAGGAGUUGAUUUCAUCCACUCCUGAAUGCUGCAAACCUAACCCUUCCAAGUGUGACCAGGUUAUCUGGAAUCUUACUUCUGAUGGUCAGUUUUCCAUCCACACAGCUUGGAAUCACUGGAGACGUAGUUUUGGUAGAGUGGUUUGGCAUAAACUCCUUUGGGGCCCUCAUAGGAUCCCGAAAGUCAGUUUCAUUGUCUGGGUUGCUAUCCAUAACAGGUUGUACACUGGUGAUAGACUUAUGUUGUUUGGUUUAGCUCCUCAUUCACAGUGCCCUUACUGCCUUGACCCUGGAGAGAGUCAUUCUCAUCUCUUUUUUAAGUGCAAAUUUGCCAAUAGAGUCUGGGGUGCUAUUGAAGGCAAAUGCAACAUUAAAUGGCUUGAUUUGGAUUGGCCGGAUAUUGUUACAUAUGCUACGAAGGAGACCAAGGGUAACUCUCUUAGAGCUAAUAUUCUUAGCAAUGCUUUCCUGUGUUCUAUUUACCACAUCUGGAUUGAGAGAAAUAAUCGUGUUUUUAACAAAGAAUUUAAACCUGAAGAGGUGAUUACCAAAUCUAUAAUCCAGAUGGUGAGAAGUAGAAUGCUGUCCAUUAAGUACUUGCCUAGUUCUGCUACUGAUAGCUGGUUUCUUGCCCAAUGGAACCUGCCAAUAACAAUAUUGAAGCCCCAUAUUAUCAGAUAUGGGAGGGCUGCUGAGUGA